CCCAAACUUUGUUGCAGCGGACGCUUCGUUUUGUCUUCUUGUUCAGAUUAGUAGUGUGGUAUUCCCAUUCCAGCUGCUUUUCACGCACGUGCUUCCUCUCUUCUGAUUUCCGAACAUCAGCCAGUCCACACAAACACAGACUCUCUCUCUCUCUCUCUCUCUCUCUCUCUCUCCCCGUUGCAAAGACUUGUACCUGAUAAAGGUGACUAGACAAAUCAGCGAGCUGUUUUUGGGGGUGAAUUUGAAACCAGAACCAAGAAAUAAAAUAUAGAAAUCGCGCAUUGCGGGAUCACGGAGAGAAAUGGGUUCUGCGGCUGCCAGUUUCUUCAAGGUGCUUCUCAAUAAUUUUGAUGUUCUUGCUUGGCCUGUGGUUAGCCUUGUUUAUCCUUUAUAUGCCUCAAUUAGGGCAAUUGAAACUAAAUCCCCUGUUGAUGAUCAACAAUGGCUUACUUAUUGGGUUCUCUAUUCAAUGAUCACGCUCUUCGAGCUCACCUUUGCCAAAGUCAUUGAAUGCUCUAGCCUUGGCUUAAAGAUGGGAUUGAAUUGGGGGCAUAUCAUAGGUUCAAAGCCUUUUAUGAUUCCAAUCUGGGCAUAUGCAAAGCUGAUCUUAACAUGCUGGUUGGUCAUUCCUUACUUCAGUGGUGCUGCAUAUGUUUACGAACAUUAUGUGAGACCUUUCUUUGUCAACCAACAAACUAUAAACAUAUGGUAUGUCCCAAGGAAGAAGGAUAUCUUUAGUAAGCCAAAUGACAUUCUAACUGCUGCGGAGCAAUAUAUUGCUGAGAAUGGAACUGAAGAAUUUCAGAAGAUGAUUAACAAGGCUGACAAGUCCAGGAAUGAAGAUCACCCGAGUUAUGACGAGGACUAUAGAUAUUGAGCAUUGUAGCUCAAUAUGUUGUUAUAUGUUUUCAAGGUCCAAGUGUGUUAUGAAGAAAAUCAAGAAUUUGUAAUUAGGCUCUCUCAUAUAUUUCUUGUGUACUCGGGCUUUGCCUAUUUAUGUGGAUCAAUAAACUUCUUUUACCUAUAAAAAGAAGCGUGUUAUGAAGAAAAUGAUGUUCUCUGUUAUUAGAGUUUUUCUUUUGAGGUUCGUACUCUGUUUUUCUGUUUCUUAUUUGAAGCAAUCAUUGGUUUGUAAAACGAUGGUGAAUGUUCUUAGUUUACUUUAUGUAAUUAAGAAAGGUUGCAUCACUUUUUCUUUAA